UGCUGCUGCUGCUGCUACUGUUGCUACUGCUGUUGAGUACCAUGUGCUGAGCCAGAUAGAAAUAUACAGCUCUCAACUCAUUGCUGAAAGAGACCCCCCUGGUUCUCCUAGGGGCCAACCUGCCAUAUCCGCACCACAUCUACGAUUCUCAUAGACAGAGCAUGGCAGAGCUGGAGGCAGUGGAGCUUGGAACUCGCAAAGGCUUGUCCCUGCCAGAAGUUCCAGACCAAAUACUAUACACGGUCGGGAGCUGUAUUCUAAUUAUUGGCUCAGUCGGUGUUGUUGGAAAUCUAUUAGUCCUUUAUGCAUUUUACAGUAACAAGAAGCUGAGAACAGCACCAAACUACUUCAUUAUGAAUUUAGCAGUAAGUGACUUGCUAAUGUCUGCUACCCAAGCGCCAGUCUGUUUCGUGAACAGUUUCAACAGGCAGUGGAUCCUUGGUGGAAUAGCAUGUAAUAUCUACGCAUUCUGUGGGGCGUUAUUUGGGAUAACCUCAAUGAUGACAUUAUUGGCUAUUUCUGUCGAUCGCUACCUAGUUAUAACCAAACCGUUACAAUCCAUACAAUGGUCUUCAAAAAAGCGGACAAUGCAAGUCAUUGUUCUCGUUUGGCUCUAUUCAUUGAUGUGGAGCAUGGCACCGAUUCUUGGUUGGAGUUCUUACGUGCCUGAAGGUUUAAUGAUAUCCUGUACUUGGGACUAUGUCACAUCUACAACUGCAAACAAAAGUUACACAAUGAUGCUGUGCUGCUGUGUCUUCUUCAUCCCACUUAUCGUGAUAUUUUUUUGCUAUUUGCUCAUGUUCCUGGCAAUAAGAAGUACUAGUAGAAAUGUCCAGAAGCUUGCAUCGUGUGGACGGCAAACCUUCUUGUCAACAUCCAUGAGGAAUGAGUGGAAAAUGGCAAAGAUUGCAUUUGUCAUUAUAAUUGUCUACGUGUUGUCUUGGUCCCCUUAUGCUUGUGUCACAUUGAUUGCAUGGGCUGGCCAUGGGAAAUCCUUAACACCAUAUUCCAAGACUGUUCCUGCAGUUAUAGCUAAAGCCUCAGCAAUAUAUAAUCCUAUUAUCUAUGGAAUAAUACAUCCAAAGUACAGGGAAACCAUUCACAAGACUGUACCAUGUCUUCGAUUCCUCAUCAGACUACCUAAAAAAGACAGUACAUCGACAUGCAAUUUCGACUCCUCAUUUAGAGGAUCGGUCUACAGCCGCCAAUCGAUAGCUUUAAAAAAGAAGAACAGUUGCAUUUCUACAGUAUCUACUGCAGAAACAAUAUUAAGUGAUGUGGAGCAAGAAGCCAUCUUCAAGAAUAUGUGUUUUCAAAGAAGCAAUUCAUUUUCUUCAAGUCAAAGACAAGAACAAAAAGGACAGAGUCUCUUGAAGGCAUGGAGCUGCAAUGCUUUACCUGGAGAAAAGAUUAUGCCAAACAUGCAUUCAGUAUAUCAUCCACUGAAGAGGUCCGAGAAAAAGAACACACAAGAGAUUCUUCUAUCAAAUUCCCUCAGCACAGUUACCUAUCCACUUGGCUUCAGUUCCAUUGUGAAAGACAAAAUUGUAAGCAAUCCAAAAUUGAAGGAGAAUGACAUAAGCGGAAGCCUAGACUGGAUCAUUAAUGCUACAAUUCCACGUAUUGUCAUCAUCCCUACCUCAGAAAGCAGCAUCUCCGAAGGACAGGAGGAGAUUGACAAAGGCAGCGAUGAAAGAAGUGAAAAAGAGUUGGAUGACGAUGACUUCUUAAACUUUAAGAUUGAUACAAGUUUAUUGGACUUUGAGGGACUGUCCUCAACUGCUGACCUUUUUGAAAUAGUUGAGAAGUUUUUGUCAUAAAUGAAGUAGAACAUAGAUAUUUCAAUUACUGCUAUGGGUAGUUUGUAUGCAUUAGCUUGAACACACAGAGUGAAAAUAUUCUGGUAGAAUUGCACAAAAUUUAGUGUUCAGUAGUGGAUUUCAAAUUCUAUAAUAAGGUUAAAGUUACAUGGCAAACAGCAUUGAAAGCAUGAGUCUCACCCAUAGAACACUGCCAGAAAACAAGAAAAUCUUUAAAGGGGUAUUCCAGGCAAAAACGUUUUAUAUAUAUAUAUAUAUCAACU